ACCGAGUAAAGGAUUCCCCCGGACACCGCCGCCAUGGAUGAACAGGAGGCUCUUAAAUCCAUCAUGAAGGACUUGGUUGCCCUGCAGCUGAGCAAGCGCCAUCGGACGCCAGUGAUUGAGGGGGGGAAGACCAAGGCCAGCAGUCAACCCAACAAGCAGAAUGACGUGCGGAUAAAGUUCGAACACAGCGGAGAGAGGCGGAUCCUGCAGUUUCCUCGUCCUGUGAAGUUUGAAGAUGUGGAACAGAAAGUGAAGAUGGUGUUUGGUCAGCAGAUGGACCUUCAUUACAUGAACAAUGAGCUCUCUAUCCCUCUCAGAAGUCAGGAUGACCUAGACAAAGCUGUUGAUCUCCUGGACCGCAGCUCCAGCAUGAAGAGUCUUCGUAUUCUCCUCAUCUCCCAUGACAAGAACCAUACAUUGCAUUCUGGGCUACAGAAACAAGUGCGGAUAAAGGCUUCACAGUCUUUGGGAGAUGUUAACGCGGCUUACCACCCCCCGGAGUCCCGCAGCCGUCACCUGUCUGUCAGUUCCCAGAAUGCCGGCCGCAGUUCGCCUCCUCCCGGCUAUGUUCCAGAAAGGCAACAGAGGAUAGCACGUCAGGGUUCCUAUACUAGCAUCAACAGCGAGGGAGAGUUCAUCCCUGAGACCAGUGACCAAUGUAUGUUGGAUCCACUAAGUAGUACAGAGAAUUCCAUAUCUGGGAGUUGUCAGUCUUUAGAUCAAUCUGAGGACAGUCCCUCUUUCAGAAAAUCUCGGAUGUCUCGGGCACAGAGCUAUCCAGACAACCGGCAAGAUUUCUCAGCAGAUCGAGAGAACCAAUUCUUUGAUAAAGCAGGGAAGGGAGGAACUUACCCCCGAAGAUAUCAUGUAUCUGUUCACCAUAAAGAUUACAAUGAUGGCCGCAGAACAUUCCCACGAAUUAGGCGACCUCAAGGCAAUCUUUUUACCCUUGUGCCAUCCAGUCGCUCGUUAAGCACCAACGGGGAAAACCUGGGUUUAACCGUACAGUACCUAGAAACCCGAAACCGACUGCGCAGUGCGGACAGUGAAAAUACGCUUGGUGUACCAGAGAGGAACAUUGCCACAAAAUCUCCGAGUGCCCCAAUAAACUGGCGUCGGGGUAAACUGCUGGGACAGGGAGCAUUUGGUCGUGUGUACCUGUGUUAUGACGUUGACAUAGGAAGGGAACUGGCAGCUAAACAGGUUCAGUUUGAUCCGGACAGCCCUGAAACCAGCAAGGAGGUUAGUGCUCUGGAGUGUGAGAUUCAGCUGCUGAAGAAUCUCCAUCAUGACAGGAUAGUGCAGUAUUACGGCUGUUUACGGGACAAAGGGGAGAAGACCCUGACUAUUUUCAUGGAGUAUAUGCCUGGGGGGUCAGUAAAAGAUCAGCUGAAAGCCUACGGGGCCUUGACGGAGAAUGUUACUCGUAGAUAUACCCGGCAGAUCCUCGAGGGUAUGUCUUACCUGCACAGCAAUAUGAUUGUACACAGAGACAUCAAAGGGGCCAACAUCCUCCGAGACUCUGCAGGGAACGUCAAGCUGGGUGAUUUUGGUGCAAGCAAACGCCUCCAGACUAUCUGCAUGUCAGGAACGGGAAUCCGCUCAGUAACCGGGACGCCAUACUGGAUGAGCCCGGAAGUGAUCAGCGGGGAGGGUUAUGGGAGAAAAGCAGAUGUCUGGAGCUUGGGCUGCACCGUGGUGGAAAUGCUGACCGAAAAACCUCCCUGGGCCGAGUACGAAGCCAUGGCUGCCAUUUUUAAAAUCGCCACGCAGCCAACCAACCCUCAUCUCCCCCCAAACACAUCGGAGCAUUGCCGGGACUUUGUAAAGAGGAUACUGGUGGAAGCACGGCAGCGGCCGUCUGCCGAGGAACUGCUCCGUCACCCCUUUGCCCAACUUACUUAUUGAUCCCCUCCAAGUAUACCGCUUUCCCUUCAUCAGCCUGGAGACUCUCGAGAAAGAUGGACCUUUUUGAUGAGGGAAAGCAGUGCAAUCAGGAAUGAAGACAAUCAUUGCUCCACCCCUAAGCUGUGUGAAGAGCGGGUUCCAGAUCCAGCGGCUGGGUGGAUCCACGUCAGUGUUAGAGCUACAGAACAAUGUAUUCAUUGUGACGGUUAGGUGACUUUUGUGGUUAUCGUUGGAGAUAUGAACAGGAGGACGCAGGAUGACUUUGAGAUGAGUCCGAACUGUGCCAAAUUCUCUUCCGUGACAGGUGCCUUAAUACCUCUUCAGCCAGGGAGCACAUAGA